ACAUUACGACUAUAUAAUACAGCCCCCAUUGCUCUCCUCAUUAAUACACAAAACCAAAACAAAAGAUCUUUGAGAAAAUCUGAGAUUUAGCGUUGUUGAAAAAUGUCGGGUCGUGGAAAGGGAGGCAAGGGUUUGGGGAAAGGAGGAGCCAAGCGUCACAGGAAGGUUCUCAGAGACAACAUCCAAGGAAUCACCAAGCCUGCGAUUCGUCGUUUGGCUCGUAGAGGAGGCGUGAAGCGUAUCAGCGGUCUGAUCUACGAGGAGACUCGUGGCGUCCUCAAGAUCUUUUUGGAGAACGUUAUCCGUGACGCCGUCACCUACACCGAGCACGCGCGGCGGAAGACGGUGACGGCCAUGGAUGUGGUGUAUGCUCUCAAGAGGCAAGGGAGGACUCUCUAUGGAUUCGGCGGCUAGGGUUUUUAAAAUUGUUUUCGUUAAAUCAAAUCUCAGAUGUGAUUCUAUCUUUAGUCAUUUCAGCUUCUCUUUAUGGUUUUGUAUCAUCAAAAUAUAUGAAAUUCACAUUUGACUAUAUCACUAUC